AUGAGCCUCGCCUAUUCUUCUUCAAGUAACUACGCACGCGACACAAAGGGAAAAGCGACUUCACCCGGAACGGAUAGAAUCCUUCCUACAACAUGCCUCACAAACAUAGAGAGGAGAUACCUGUUUGGUGUUGAUGACACGGGCAAGAGGUACAAUUUACAGUCAAAUAGCAAGUCCAAAGAGUAUACGUGGAUCGCAUCGUAUCAAGGCAUCGACCCUGCCGAUGGUAACUCGUUCAGCUUUUGGCUUUUCGAGACAGGUCAAACAGGUUCUCUGUUCUCAAGUCAUACAUUCAACAUCACCGAUCCAACUUCGACUACACAGUCGGCGACUCAAUUCACGAGAACGAGACAUCCUCAAACCAAGAUCACAACCAAAGCCACCGAAACAACUGAAAUAGCUGGCGAACCUACCUCGUCAUCUAAGAUAGUUGAUGCGACACCACCGCCGGGACUAUCUUCAGGAGCAAUAGCCGGGAUAUCAGUUGGCUCUGUCGUGGGAUGUCUAUUAAUCGCUGGUGCAGCAUUGAUGUUUUGGCGCAGAACAGGCAGAAAAGAAGCUUUACAGCCUACGGAGCCGAUGGAGGUUGCCAAGUUUGGGGUUGUUGAAGCGCCCAAUGAUAGCGAGGCUCGUCAUGGGCCUUGGGAAAUGGGAGAUGCAACCACACAGGCACAUGAGCUGUCAGCUACAGAGCAAACCUACAAUUACAGAACUGAGAGAUGGGCAUAA